AGCCUGGCGCCAUGGACGCUCCACCCGUCACACUCGGAGAGCUGCUGUGUCUGGGCUCUAGCCUGGCCUUCUCCGGCCUCUUCUACUACCUGUACAGGAAGAAAGCCAAAGCUGUGGCACGCAUACAGGAGGCCCCAAAGCUCCAGGUUGAUGACAAUUUACCAGCGCUGGUGUCUGCAGCUGAUGGGAGGUGCCUGCCAUACGUUGCCCUGGAAGGCAUAGUGCUGCCAGCCAAGGCUGUGCUGACUAGCCAUUACCAUGAAGGGCUACAGGGUGUGAUUCAGAAACUGCUUCUGAAAGAGCAUCGGCUGAUCUGGAACAGCUUGGCCCGGAGCUGGAGUGAGAGCGAGCGAGUGCUCUCGGAGCAGGUCUACACCGUCCCCUUCCUGCUGGCCUCGCCAGACACCGGGGCAGUGACACAGGUGAGCGUGGAGAGCCCACUCCGAGCUGUCUGCCUACCACUGGAGACGGUGUACGAGCGGUUCCAGCAGCCUGCCCAUGGCUUCCGAGACCUGCUGGGCCAGUACUUAAGCGGGGAGAAGCCCAAGGGCAUCCUGGAGACAGAGGAGAUGCUGCGGGUGGGGGCCGGGCUGACAGGCAUCGGGGAGCUGGCCCUGCACCCCCAGGGCUCCCUGCACCUCCAGCCAUGUGCCCAGGGCGGGGAGUAUUUCCUGUGCCUGGGGGACUGGCAGGGGGUGCUGGCAGAGCUGGAGACAGCCAGAGGGCUCUGGAAGGGAGCAGCAGUGCUGUGUGCUGUGGCCGGCCUGGCUGUCCUCCUGCACGCCCUGUGCCGUGCCUACCGCCACGCCAACUUGAGGCAGCAGCCCGAGGACAAGGAACUGGAUGGCGAGGAGGCUGGGGAGCUUGAGGACUCCUGUGUCAUCUGCUUGACACGGCCCCGUGAGUGCGUCCUCUUGGGCUGCGGCCACAUCUGCUGCUGCUUCCGCUGCUUCCAGGCCUUGCCUGCCCGGCUCUGCCCCAUCUGCCGGGGGCCCAUUGACCGCGUGGUGCCCCUCUACCAGGCCUGA